AUGGACAAUCAAAGUAAUGAAACACCGGCAACGCAGAGCAGCCAUGUAGAAACCACAUCAAACAGGGUAACUGACCACCCUAAGCCCAAGAAAAGAUCAAUUUUGGAGGAUGAUUUCUUUUCUUUGAGCACUAGCAUUGACAGAAAGAAGAGAAGACACAAGGAGAGAAGCCGCGAUGUUUCGUCCAACUCACCUGUCACUUCGGAACAAGCUGUACAGCGUGGAGAACCCUCACUCAUAAAAAGGGAGCUGACCAACGCAGCUCACCACGAGCAGGAGAAGAAAUCUACUGUUGCCCCACAACUGGAGCCUAGCGCCAAAACCGCGCCCCCAAUCUCUAAAAGGUUGGCUACACCACCAUUGAUAGAUAAGGAGCUGAUUCUUCGUGAGAUUGAACAGAAAGUUAGCAAGCGUGAAGGAAGAUUCUCGACACCGCUACUAGAUGACUCGGACGAAGAGGAUGUGGAGCUAAAGACGGUGAAGAGUUCUCCAAAAUCCAAGAACCCGACAAACUCCUCACUCACGGAUCACAGCUACAAGUUUGCCGAGGCCGACGAAAAGAAAAGACGAUACAUCAUAAAGAUCACAUCAAAGCUUCCCGCCCCAGAGGGCACAACUAUCGAGGUCGAUCUAGGUUGCAAAGGAAUGAAAUCGUUUGGAAAGAUAUUAAAAUCUGCUGUGGAUUUCUACACUAACGCCUAUGCAAACCAAUUGCCGCCAGUACUACUAGAUCGAUAUAACGUUGACGAAUGCGCUUUGGUUUGGCUCGAAGGGAAGAUGCUAGUUCAUUCCUUUUUUACACCGAGAAUGCUCAGAAUUCAACCACCUGGUGGGGCAUUCAACGCAUUAGUCGACAGAGUGGAAACAAUGCCACCUACAAAAGUGCAUUUCCUCCUAAUACCCAAAGACAACAAGAACAACUUUAUGAAUGUAUACCCUGAGUUGCGAAACAGCGAGAUGGAACCCGAGGUUAAAGUAGUCGAAGAACCCACUGUUGCUGAGGAGCUAAGCCAAUCCAGUAGUGAAGACGAAGAAGACUACGAUGAGAGUGAUGGAAAGCAUCCGUCCAAUUCUAACAACUUGGACGAUCUUGCUAACGGUGAAGAAGGUGUCUUUUCAAUUGGACUCAAAGGAAAAGAUAACAAGAGAAUUUCUUGCAAGGUGACUCCUGAGACGAAAUUAGAAAGUCUUUUGAAAUUUUACUUGGAUAAGAAAAAAAUUGACGAAAGCACGGUUAACUUGGCAUCCGUGAAAAUGAUAUUUGACGAUGAGGAGUUGAAUCUAAAUGACGUUGUUGCGGACACGGAAUUGGAAGAGGACUUUGAAAUUCAAAUUGUACUAUAG